AUGGCGGACUCAUCGACGCCGCGCCUGACGGUCCCUUCCAGAAACCCGUUACCGCUAUCCGCUUCGCAAGAGACGCAAGUACGAGACAUAUACUACGCCCGAGUGCGCAAGUCAUGCGCUGAAGAGAUUAAGGCGUUUGCCGAAUGCGCCAAAGGAAAAGGCCUCGCCGUCACAUUUUCCUGCCGAGCCCCCCACCGCGUCAUGAACAGCUGCAUGAAGGAGCACGCGACGCAGGCCGAGUACGAUGCCGCGCGCGAGGAGUGGUUUGCGCUACGCCUGGAGCGCCAGCGGGCACGAGAGGCCAAGAACAAGGUGGCUGAUGCGCAAAAGGAGUUUCUGCGAGAGUGGUGGGGGUUGCCGGAGAGCGAGCGCGAUGCGAAGAAAGCGUCGCAGCCGGAGAGAGUGGGAGGCAUGCCGAGCAAGGAUCGGGUUGUGAAGAACUGA